GUUAGGAUGUCUUAGGUUUGUAGUUCUUGUGUUGGUGACCUGUCAGCGUUGUAGUACAGGCUGUCACUGCUAAUACACUAUCCAUCUUAUCGGCGAUCGCUUAGUUGUCGCCACCGACGCAGCCGGAACCGGUUCUUUGGUCGCUCAUGGAGUUUUAUUCAUGCUAAUGAUGCCAGAUGAGCACCCAGCUAACGGUUUAUGCUAACUAACUUAGCCACACAACUUGACAGCUAGCUUUCGACGGCGGCUAGCGGCGUUAGCUAAGACCACUGGCAGGACGAGGUGUUGGAAUCCGCCCACCCUUUUAAAUCAGGGUUCCGGGACAAAGGAGUGCACGAUGGCGGCCCAGAGCUCCAACGAGCUGGUGAUGUCCAGGAAAAGAAAAAGAGACGGCUCCAAUGGGGAGAUGGAAGAGGGGGAACGACUUGGGAAAAUCCCCAGAUGUACCGUGGGACUGAAAAACCCUGCGCCUUUUGCUGAUGAGCUCGAGCCAGCUGAUAAAAAACCUUACAAGAGAGUCACCAUGGAAGAGGCAAAGAAGGGAACACCGCUCAGCAGACCCGUCCGAGUCUAUGCAGAUGGCAUCUUUGAUGUUUUCCACUCAGGUCACGCCAGAGCUCUGAUGCAGGCGAAGCGCCUCUUUCCAAACUCGCAUCUCAUCGUCGGAGUCUGCAGUGAUGAGCUCACCCAUAAGUACAAGGGCUUCACUGUGAUGAACGAGGAUGAGCGUUACGACGCCAUCAGACACUGCCGCUAUGUGGACGAAGUGGUGCGAAACGCUCCCUGGACGUUAACACCAGAGUUCCUUGCAAAACAUCGCAUUGAUUUUGUGGCCCAUGAUGACAUCCCGUACUCAUCAGCAGGGAGUGAUGACGUGUACAAGCACAUUAAAGAAGCAGGCAUGUUUGCUCCCACCCAGCGGACAGAGGGCAUCUCCACCUCUGACAUCAUCACUCGCAUCGUCCGCGACUACGACGUGUACGUCAGACGCAACCUGCAGCGAGGUUACACAGCCAAAGAACUCAACGUCAGCUUCAUCAACGAGAAGAAGUACCACCUGCAGGAGCGUGUCGAUAAGGUAAAGAGGAAGGUGCGUGACGUGGAGGAGAAGAGCAAAGAGUUCGUCCAGAAGGUGGAGGAGAAGAGCAUCGACCUCAUCCAGAAGUGGGAGGAGAAGUCCAGGGAGUUCAUUGGCAACUUCUUGCAGAUGUUCGGCCCUGAGGGAGCUCUGAAGCACAUGCUGAAGGAGGGCAAGGGCCGCAUGCUGCAGGCCAUCAGCCCGAGGCAGAGCCCCAAUAGCAGCCCCACCCGAGACGAGCGCUCGCCCUCCCCCACCUUCCGCCUCCCCUUCUUCUCCAAGACCUCCCCUCCACCCUCGCCGCCCCAUCCCAGCGGAGCGCGUGGAUACCUCAUCAGCGAGGACGACGACGAAGACGACGACGAUGACGACGACGAGGAGGAGGAGGACGACAACUGAACAAGUCUGAAGACGUCGGCGCCGUCGGGCCUCAGUUAGCACUACCAGUAACGAG